AUGGGAGGAGUCUUCAGCAACGCAAAUGCUAUUUCACUUUCGGGAAACGAUAAACUUUAUGGUGGCAUAACUGAGUUACAUUUAUCCAACUAUCCCACCAAAGGAUCAAAGCAAACUCGGUCUAUUUCAAAAACAGUGAUAAUUACUAUAGUUGUUGGAAUUAUGUUGCUAACUAUGAUGUUAUGUUUGAUAAUUAUUCAUUGGUGGAGAAGAACGAAAAGGAAUUCCUCUUCUACAUCACCAUUGUUGGCUUCACUACCGCAAGUAACCUAUGAGAAUCUACUGAAAGCAACUGCUGUGUUCUCUUUUGAAAAUUUGAUCGGUUCCGGGAGUUUUGGUUAUGUGUAUAAGGGGAUCCUAGACCAUAACGAAAUGGUAGUGGCAGUGAAAGUUCUUAACCUUCAACAUCGAGGAGCUUCCAGGAGUUUCUUGGCUAAAUGUGAAGCCUUGAGAAGUAUCAAACAUCGAAAUCUUGUCAAAAUAAUAACUGUUUGUGCAAGUAUCGAUUUCCAAGGAAAUGAUUUCAAGGCUUUGGUCUAUGAGUUUAUGGUUAAUGGGGGCUUAAAGGACUGGUUGCAUCCCAAUCUAACUACAGAUGUGUUGCAAGUGGUGCCCAGGAAUCUAAAUUUUCUACAGAGACUUGAUAUUGCCAUUAAUGUUGCUUGUAUAAUGGAUUAUCUUCAUAACCAUGGCCAAACACCAAUGGCUCACUGCGAUCUCAAGCCAAGCAAUGUUCUUCUUGACAAUGAGUUGACAGGACAUGUAGGUGACUUUGGAUUGGCAAGAUUCCUUCCACAGGGCACUGAUAGCCUUUCAAGUAACCAAACAAGCUCCGUUGGUGUAAGAAGCACUGUUGGUUAUGCUGCUCCAGAGUACGGUAUGGGAAGCGAGGUUUCAACUCAUGGUGAUGUGUAUAGUUAUGGCAUAUUCUUAUUGGAGACGUUUACCGGGAAGAGGCCAACUGAUGAGCUGUUCAAUGGCGAUCUGAAUCUUCAUAAGUUUGUGAAGGUAGCUAUCCCUGAACGAGUCAUUGAAAUAGUGGAUCCAAUUCUUCUUCAAGAAACAGAAGAAGGACAGACAAGCCUGAGAAGUCACAGUGUUCGGGAGUGCUUGAUUUCGAUAUUUGGAAUUGGAGUUACUUGUUCUUCAAAGUCACUGAGUGAAAGGACGAACAUGGAUGAUGUUACAGCCCAGUUGCAUUUUAUCAAGAACAAACUUCUUCAAACUCCAAGACAGGGUGAGAGACUACUUCUUUUCUACAACCAGUUGGUGGGAAAUAUUCCAACCGAACCUGGAUCCUUGUCAAAGCUUGAUUUUUUUGCUGCAAAUGAUAAUCAACUGACAGGAAGUAUACCUUCUUCUUUUGGCAACUUAUCAUCCAUUAAUACAUUAUCGUUGUCUUUUAACAACUUGGGAGGCGGUAUUCCUGAUACAUUAGGCCAGUUGAAGAAUCUUGCUGUGAUGUUUCUGGUUGUUGUCACGUCAAACCGUCUCGGAAGUGGGGGACGCAAUGACUUGAACUUUCUCUGCUCUUUGUCCAAUGCAACUAGAUUAGAGGAAUCUGCUAUAAAUGACAACAAUUUUGGAGGGGUAUUACCUGAACGCAUCAACAACUUCUCUACCACUCUAAAGAAUGCAACUGCUACUUUGCUUAUGGGAAACAAGAAGCUCUGUGGUGGCAUAGCUGAAUUUCAGAUGCCAACGUGUAGGCUUAACAAAUCUGAAAGGAGGAGAUUGACCCUUGUACUGAAAUUAAUUAUUGCAAUUCUUUCCGAGUUUCUAGGACUUGGUUUGGAGAAGAGAAGCAAGCUUGACAGUAAAUCUGAGAAGUGCAAGUUUGUGGGGUUCAAGGAUGGCAUCAAGGGAUACAAGUUGUGGAAUCCUGUGAGUAGAAGCAUUACNUUCACUGCAAGAAACUCAAAAUUGGAUUCGAAAUUGUAG